AUGUUCUCAAUUAAAAAAAUAAUUGAUAAAAUCCCAAAGCAAUGGAGUUUAACUUUAAAUCCUAAUGAUCCUUGGGAGGAAUUGAAUCAAAAAAUGGAGGAAUCGGGAUUAAUAGAUAGAGAGAAUCCAGAAAAAUAUUCCAUCAUGAUAAAAAGUACAUCUUUAUUUGUAAGAAAUAUAUGGUCAACAGCAGAUCAAGAGGAGAUUAUUUUAGCAACCCAAUUUAUUCUAGUUUCAUCAAUUUUUGAUGAUCUUAUUGAUAGCCAUGAUGAAAUUUUUGGAAUCAAAUAUAUCAAUAGAUUUAUCAAUAUUUUUAAAUUGGAUAAAAUAGAAAAAGAUCCAACUCCACUUGAAAGAAUUGCUUUAAAUAUUUGCAAGAAUCUAGAAAAUAGAUUAGGAAAUCAACAUCCUUUAUUGAAUCUAUUCAAGAAUACUGUUAUCGAGUACUUAUUUUCUUUAUUACCUUUUAAAAAUAUGAAGAAAUUAAAAGGUGAUAUAGAUAUGAAUUUAUAUUAUAUGAUGAGAAGAAACAAUAUUGGUAUGAGACCUACAUUUUAUUUAAGUUCAAUAUUCUCAAUGAAAAGAUUAAACCCAGAAAUAGUUCUUGACCCUCUAUGGAGUGAAUUAAUAGAUCAAACAGGAAAUAUUGUCUCUCUAUUCAAUGACCUAUUCUCCUAUGAAAAGGAACUAAGAGCAAAUGAUGAAAGAAUGAAUUGUUUCCAUUUUAUACAAACCCAAAGAAGUUGGUCAGUAGAAGAAUGUCUAGAAUUCUUUGAAAAAGAAAUUGAUAAUUGUUUGGAGAAAUUUUUAAUAGAUGAAAACUUACUCAAACAAAAAUACUACUCUAUUCUCAAAACCCAAGAAGAUAUUGAUGAAUUCAAUCAAUUAGUUGAAAAGUUCCAUUAUAUGAUGUCAGCAAUUGUAACUUGGUAUUCACAAAAAUCAAAAAAAUAUAAAUCCGAAAACUCUAUAUUUGUUGAACUUAGAUACUAA